AUGGAACAUAUAAAACAAAUAUUCUAUAUAUUUCUCAUCUUAUCGGUGUUGCAUUGUACAAUAUCAGCUUAUUAUGGAGAUGCAUUUGCUCAGCAGACCGAUGAGCCUUCUAAAAUUGGCUGGCUCUUUUCCAAUGCCGCUGUUACAGUCAAGAGGACUCAAAGAAAUAUACUAGAAACCAGAAGAGAACCUGAAAUUGAAAGUUUACCGAUGAUCACAAAUGGCAAGUGUCGUGAUAAGUUAAAUCAUCUCUGUGGAGAUAUAGGCAGGAAUAAUGAUGAACUUGUACUACUUGAAUGCAUUCAGACUUUUAAGCCUACUGAGAUAUCUGGAAUUGAUCAGAAGUGUCAAGAGGCAAUUUGGAGCUAUAUCCAGAAUAUCACAAACAAUCUAAAUAUAGAGAGAUUGGCUAGAAAGGCAUGCGGUAAACAGUUGGACGAUUUACAAUGUUCCAGUUCUGAUGGAACUCAUGGAGCUUACCUGUCCUGUUUAAUUGAUAAACGAGAAAUGGUCAGAGAUCCUGAUUGCAUCACAUAUAUUCAGAGACUGGAGUGGAUUGCUUUCAGUGACUUUCGAAUUCUGAUUCCCUUCAAGAUAGACUGCGCAAAUGAUAUUAAGAAGUUCAAGUGUGACAGUCUGCAGCCGUACAGAGACAUAUCACAGGGUCAGAUAUUAGCCUGUUUACAAGAACACGUUGAGAAAUUGGAACAGAAAUGUAGGAGGCAUAUUCUCCAUGUAUCUGAGAUUCAAGCUGAGAAUAUCAAAUUGGAUCGCCAGUUAUAUAUGGCUUGUACUCAAGAUCGCAUUAAAUUCUGUCCUAAUGUCCGACCAGGCAGUGGUCAAGUUUACAAAUGCUUAAUGCAACAUAAAACUGACAGAUCAAUGUCUGGACAGUGCCAAGAACAGUUGACGAGAAGAGAGAAGCUCAUUGCUUCCGAUUACAAGAUUAGCAAGGGUCUAGUCAAAGCCUGCAAGGAGGACAUCAGAAAUUAUCACUGCAGACGAUCCGUGUCUGAAGACAAAGAGAUCAAGUUGGCGCAGAUUUUGCUCUGUUUGGAGUCGGCCGUGAAGAACGGCAGCAAGAUAGACGGAAAUUGUCAGGCGGAAAUGUUCGAUCAUAGGAAGCUCCUGAUGGAAGACUAUAGAUUAUCGCCGGAGAUCGUAGACGGCUGCGCCAAUGACAUCACAAUCUUCUGCAACAGCCUCGAGGUCGGCGGCGCUACGAUACAUUGUCUAAUGGAGCAUACAAGAACGAGGAAAAAGAAGUCCAGGGUUACGAUAAAGUGCCAAAGAGCGUUGGAGGAAUUAAUUAUGGAGGCCGAUGUCGGCGAAGAUUGGAGAAUUGAUCCGGUUCUAAGGGAACAAUGUCAACCUGUGGUUAAUGUAGCUUGCACAGGCGUGCACGGUGGAGAUGCCAGAGUAAUAUCUUGCUUAAUGGAACAAUUAGGAACGGAGAGGAUGACCGAAGCUUGCGAGAUAGCCUUGGUGCAAAUACAGUAUUUUAUCGCUAGGGACUUCAAACUUGAUCCACAAUUGUAUAAAGCGUGCAAAUUCGAUGCUGUACGUUUGUGUCAUGCGAGAAAUGCGUGGACAAACGACGGCAAACAAAUGGAUCCCGAAACAGGACCUCUUGUUCUGCCAUGCUUGUAUCGGCAUGCAUAUCAGAAAAAUAUGACGUUGAGAACGGAUUGCUUGGAAGAGAUUAGAAGAGUUAUGAGACAACGUGCUGUGAAUGUUGACUUACAACCUGAAAUAGAAGAAGUGUGUUUCAGUGAGCUGGCGUCGUUCUGUUAUGAUAAAACUGCAAAAGGGGAAGAGAUUCUUUGUCUGCAGGAUAAUUUAGACAACUUGAACAAAAAAUGCAAGCUUGCAGUUGGAAAUUUCACAGAAGAACAAGCGGAACGUGUUGAACUGAAUCCGAUCAUCUCUUCAGCCUGCCAACACAUUAUGGAACGUCAUUGCGAGGAGGUACUGAAAUAUGGAAAAGAUGAGGGAGACAUGAUGGAAUGUCUUAUUGAACACAAAAAUGAGCUAGACGCACGCUCUGAUUACAAAUGUAAAGCAGCUGUAGAACAUUUCCAACUAAUAUCCUUGAAAAAUUAUCAUUUUACAUACAAGUUCAAGGAAGCGUGUAGACCUUAUGUUAAGAGAUGGUGUCCCAGAUCGAAGACGAAAGCCGAUGUAAUAGAAUGCUUAAGUUUGAUCGUGCAAGAGGACAUAAUGAAGGAGUCCCAACAUCGUGUACUGAAGGAUUGCAGGCAGCAACUGCGGGCGCAACUUUAUCAGCAGCGGGAGAACAUUCAUUUUGAUCCUGUUCUGCAAACAGCCUGUACAACGGAUAUUAAACAAUAUUGCUUCAACGUGGAACCAGGCAAUUCACAGGUACUAGAGUGCUUAGCGUCUCACAAAUCUAAGCUAUCAGACGUGUGCCACAAACAGCUGUUCAAGGUAAGGAAGCAAGAGUUUCAGGAUAGCUCCAGUGACUUUCCCUUACUGAACACUUGCCGAGUCAUGAUCAGGCAGUACUGUCACGAUGUGAGCAAAUCGCAAACUCUGGAUUGCCUUAAGCGAUACAAGGAUGAGCUCACUUUUGACGACAAGUGCAAGAACAUUGUAAUUCGAAGGAUGAUUGAGCAGAAUACUGACUACAGGUUCAACAAUGCAUUACAGAACGCGUGUUUCUAUGAUAUCGAUAAGCAUUGCAAAGAGGUAUUGAUACACGAACCUUCUGACAAGGAGCUUGAAGGGAAAGUCAUAAGAUGCUUGAAGAUCAGAUUCCGUGAAUCUAAAUUGACUACAAAAUGUGAGCAUCAAAUGGCUAAUAUUCUCAGAGAGGCUGCGCUAAACUAUCAUUUAAAUCCAUUAUUAGCAACGAUGUGUGCGCAUGAGAUCGAAACCAUAUGUCGAUCGGAAGAAAAUGAGCCCGGUGCCGUCGAGGAAUGUCUUAAGAGGAAAUUUAAUGCCGGAAAUCGAGACAUGAAAGAGGAAUGUCGCUUGGAAGUCGCUGAUCUUAUAGAACAAACGAGGGCGGAUAUCAACGUGGAUCCUUUGCUGCAGAAGGCUUGCGCUGUGGACGUCAGCAAAUACUGCAGUGCCGUUCCUCAAGGCGCUGGAAGGCACAUAAUGUGUCUACAAAAUGCGUUGGAAGACAGCAACAAAUCUUUGCAACCCGAUUGUUAUAAAAUGCUGACCACAAGGAUGGAAAUGUUUAAGAAUGCUGCCAAGUUGAUUGCACCAAACACUAUCGAGGAGCUUUAUACGUCGGUGAAUCGUUCCCCCGCGCGACGUUACUUCAUGAUUGUCGGUUGUACCAUGAUUGGGAUUAUUUUUAUCAUUGGAAUGUUCUGCGGCCGAGUGACCAGGCGAACGAUGAUCAUGAAGAACAAGUGACGCCGCCGGCGUCCGUCCACUAGUGAAAUGACUUUCGUGAGAUUAGUCGAUGGACAGCAGACGUAAACUGUACCAGAUCAACCGCGCAAAAUGCAAGUUUACGAGAUAGACAAAAGGAGAUAUCGAUCUUUUUAUACAUUUGUUUAUGAAAUUUUUGAAGUGCCACUCUUUGUAUUUAUGGUCAGAGGUGGAAACGAGAUUUUUGAUGUUGCUGUUAUGCACAAGUGGCAUUGCAAGAUUGUAAGUGUGGAGAGAUGAUACUGGUAUCUAAAGGUAUAAGAAGGUGUAAGAAUUUAAAUAUUCGGAAAUAUUAUGUUACUGCAAUAUCGUGAUCCUAAGAAUACAGGGUGUUUUAUAAAAUUUGCCACAAGUUUCGAGAGCGUGGUUACAUUUGUCGACAGUGACGUUCUUGGAACUUGUCACAAAAGUUACGAAACAAGCUACGUUACCUAAUUAUAACUUUAUAUUCCGUAGAAUGAGAUUUAUUCGUCGCGAAAAAAGGUAGAGAAGAGUGAUAUUAACUUUGACUAGGAUCGAUUCUAGGAUUUUUUCCGAAAGAAAAGAACAACGCUAUAUAUGUAUAAUUAAUUCUUAUUUUUUAAAAAUUCACUUAAAAGCGAAACAAAAAAGAAUAUUCAAUACUGGUAUACUCGAUAUUGGAAUAUUUGAUACCGGACUUAUGAAACACUCGAUAUUGGAAUAUUAUGCCACUCGUUUUGUAUCGCUUUAUAUCGGGGCCUAGAGUCGAUCUUGAUUCGGAAGGUCGUAUGCAGAGUCGUGAACAGAAGGUCGUGACAGGAAAAGACGCAAGUGUAACAAGUAGAAAGCGCAGCAACGCAAUACUCUUCCCACUGUCCCUUGGGACUUGCUCAAGCUUUGCAAUGCAAUGCAUGAGCGAGAACGUGUCUGAAGAUUCCUUAUGGAAGAGUUCUCGGAGAAACUCUGUAUAAUGCUCACGAGUAUAUUAUUCCUGUGGGAUGCAUGUGCGGGCUGACUUCCCGCAGGGACGACUCCGCAUACGGACCUCCGAGAAUGAACGCAGAGCGAAACGCAUUUGUUGUCAAGCGUGUCUCAAUGUCUAAAUUUUCUGUACGUUUGUGAUAUAAAGGUCCAUUAAGGGAACGAAAAUAAAGUGUCUGAGAUUGAUUUCAGUCCAAAGAUA